CCAACAACAACCACUACAGCUGCUCCAACAACCACUACAGCUCCAACAACCACUACAACUACAACAACCACUACAAGUCCUUACCGAACAUCGAUUCACCCUUUAAGCAAGCUUCCUCUGCAGUUCUCUGUUUAUGUGGACUACCACUAUGCCCCUUCAUGCCUUGAUGGUGACUACUUUCCCAUUUUUGUGUCACCAACUCCGACAAAUGGACAAAAUACUCCUGCAUUUGUCAACAAAAUCCUCGAAAUCAAAGUUAGAUCCAAAGCACAAUAUGCCACGAUUCAUGAUCUGAUUGUCACUGGACCAAGAGGCAUUUCAAAGCAAAGAAUCUCCACAGAAGAAUAUAUCAUAAAAUGGACACCAGUUGAUAAAGAACUGAAUGACCACUUUCCUAUUUGCUUUGUUUCCGAGGCAAGGGACAGAUAUAGCCGAGUCUAUCAGUCAGAAAUACGCUGUGUCAUUGCUGAUGUUGGAAACCACGAGGCCAUUGUGACAUGCAAUGAAACAACAAUGACGGUGGAAGUGGAGAAGACCUACCUCAUCAGAAAAAAUAAGGACAACUUGCAUCUGAACGACUUCCGUGAUCCUUCCUGCAACCUGACAAGACUUUCCAAUUCAACACACGUGGUGGCAGUCAUGUCGCUGAACACAUGUGGAACCCUUGUAGAGGAGGAUGAAAAUAACAUCAUCUUCAAGAACGACAUCACAUCUGCUGCCCCAAAUGAAAUCAUUUCCAGGCAACAUGACGUCGAGAUCGCCUUUUCAUGUGUCUACCCCAAGCGAACCAACCUGACCCUGGGAUUCAGGCACAAAAACCCGUAUGCCUUCUUAGAGAAGGGCUUCGGUGCUUUCACCUUCCAGUUUGAAUUCUUUGAGUCCCAGCGGUUUAGGAAACAAGUUGAUAGCAGCACCUACCCAGUGGAGGUGUACCUUAAACAGAUGAUGUUCAUGCAGAUUGAGGCCACCACCUCCAUCCCUAACACAGAGCUGUUUGUGGAGACCUGCAGGGCGACUCCGUAUGACAACCCAAACUCUCGCAUCAGCUACACCAUCAUCGAACACGGAUGUGUGAAGGACAACACAGUGCAAAUCUACCCCAGCUCCAGGGUUCAGUUCAGAUUUGGAAUGCAGGCUUUUGAGUUCAUCGGCGCUCAUGAGGAGGUGUACAUCACUUGCACAGUGGUCCUGUGUGAGACUGGCGUACCUGGGACCAGGUGCACUCAGGGAUGCAUCAGAUCUGGCUCUGGGAACCAUCGCGGCAAAAGAGAAGCUGUUGGCCAGACUUCCAGUCACUCCAUUUCCCAGGGACCUUUACACCUGGUUAAAACUUCUGACAGCCAAGCAUCUGGUCUGAGCCUGAAUCUGGGCAUGAACGUCAUGUUUGUUGUUGGCUGCCUCCUGGCAUGCGGAGUGGUGAUCUACCGAUCGAAGAGGUCCAAAAUUAAAUACCAACCCCUUCCAAGCUCUGACACAGACUGAAGUCAGGGAAGCCAAUGUGAUCCACUCUGAUGACGAGUUUUUCAGCUACAGUCUAUGAUUUUUACAGCUAUAGCCAGUUAUGUUUUUUUUCUAUUUUUAGGUAAUUGUUGGUUUGAAUCAGUGUAACAUUCCAAAAUUUGAAGUCAGAAGUUACUUCUAUAGAUUAGAAGAUAGAGUGUGUGAACAUUUUGGUUUGAGUAUAAACUCUCUGAUGAAAUAUAUCAAAUAUCACAGAAUUCUUUACUCUUAAUGACAAAGUUUUUCAUUGUUUGUGCAUCAGCACAGCUUUAAAUCUUAACCUACACAUGAUGCAAAGGAACAAUCACAUCUUCACAGUGAAAACUCCAAUCACAACUCCAGGCUUUGAAACAUGCAAUUCUAACGAUGAUCGAAAGACACAUAAAAUAAGUCUUUAUGGGUUUCAAUUCAGUUUUGUGUUAUAAAAAUGUAUGUGUUUAAGUCUGAGUCAUUCAGAGUUCAAUAUUAAUAUAAACUUUGAUGAGUCACUAUAAAGUUAAGGAACCUCCCAUAGAUAUAGGAAGACAAAGACGGGCUAAUCCACCAUCACAUUGUGGUGUUACAGGAAACUAUAUCAUAUUUGUUGUUUUUAACUGUGGCCAAAGCCAACUGUGCUCACCUGGACAGCAUAAAGUUUUUCACUGAAUCGUUUUGAGAAAUAAAAUACUAUACAUUUUUAUUUUAUUUCCAUUGUUGUUUGAAUUGACCAUGUUACUCAUACCACCACUAAUCUGUACAAAUAAAUCAGCUAAAUAACGA